AUCAAGCUAAGGUCAUUCUCAUUCGGGAACUCAAUCUCAUACCCAGCAGCAGCACACGAGCGAGGAAGAGUUUUACUGCAAGUCUACAGCCACCAUGUCUCUAUCAAACAAACUCACCUUGGACAAGGUGGAUGUGAAGGGGAAGCGCGUGAUUAUGAGGGUUGACUUCAAUGUCCCCAUGAAGGACAAGACAAUAACAAAUAACCAGAGAAUCAAGGCUGCGGUCCCAUCCAUCAAGCACUGUUUGGACAAUGGAGCUAAAGCUGUUGUCCUGAUGAGUCACUUGGGUCGACCUGAUGGUGUCCCAAUGCCAGACAAAUACUCUCUGGGGCCCGUUGCUGCAGAACUCAAGAGCCUGCUGGGAAAAGAUGUUCAGUUCCUGAAGGACUGCGUGGGUCCAGAAGUUGAAAAGGCUUGUGCAGACCCACCAGCAGGUUCUGUCAUUCUGCUGGAGAACCUGCGGUUCCACGUGGCCGAAGAGGGCAAAGGCAAAGACGCAUCGGGUAACAAGACCAAAGCAAGUCAGGCGGAAAUCGAUUCUUUCCGCGCCUCCCUGUCCAAGCUGGGUGACGUCUACAUCAAUGAUGCCUUUGGAACUGCACACAGGGCACAUAGCUCCAUGGUUGGAGUGAACCUCCCUCAGAAGGCAGCUGGUUUUCUGAUGAAGAAGGAGCUGGACUACUUUGCCAUGGCCCUUGAGAAACCCCAAAGACCUUUCCUGGCCAUCCUCGGAGGGGCUAAGGUCAAAGAUAAGAUUCAGCUGAUCAACAACAUGUUGGAUCAAGUGAAUGAGAUGAUCAUUGGUGGAGGAAUGGCAUUUACCUUCCUCAAGGUUCUUAACAACAUGGAGAUCGGCACAUCCCUGUAUGAUGAAGAGGGUGCCAAAAUUGUGAAAGACCUGAUGGCUAAGGCCGAGAAAAAUGGAGUGAAGAUCGCACUUCCGGUCGACUUUAUCACUGCUGACAAGUUUGAUGAGAAGGCCACGACCGGGACUGCCACAGUAGCAGAUGGUAUUCCAGCCGGAUGGAUGGGUUUGGACUGUGGUCCUGAGAGCUCAAAGCUCUUUGCUGAGGCUGUAGCCAGAGCCAAGCAGAUUGUUUGGAACGGACCUGUCGGUGUAUUCGAGUGGGAAAACUUCGCUCAUGGAACCAAAAGCUUGAUGGACAAAGUUGUGGAAGUGACCAAAAAAGGCUGCGUCACCAUCAUUGGUGGAGGAGACACAGCGACAUGCUGUGCCAAGUGGGACACAGAGGACAAGGUUAGUCAUGUGAGCACAGGGGGCGGAGCCAGUCUGGAGCUGCUGGAGGGUAAAGUGUUGCCUGGGGUUGAUGCCCUCAGCAACGUAUAAACGCUCAAACCCUCUCCUGCCGGAGGUUUGGUACUCAUCAUCUCCCAAAAAGCAAUCAACCUUAAUCACUCAGCGUUUGUUCAGUGUGAUACAAAUGAUGGCACCUGUUCUCUCUGUGGACAGCUAACAGUAUGCUGUGCUCAUGUUUGCUCAUACACAUUCAGAUCAUCCACUCGCUUUCUAUCAAAUUAUCUAACGGGGACAUAAUUUCUCAUGUUUUUAGGAGAGAUAAGGAGACCAGUUGUUACUGUUAUUUUUGACAGAUGGGUCAUUUGUUUUUCCUGCUCAAGUGUUGAUGUCAUCCCAUUACAGUUUGAAUGUACGUAUUCUGUCUGUAAAGCUUUUUGUGUGAUGUAACUGUAGAUGAGAUAUUUAAUAUUUGUCCCUCAUAGAUGUUGAGUAAAUAUAUAUAAAACUGUAGACACUUUGCUCCCCAUAUGGCACUUGUCAUCUUUGACCUGCAGCUUAUGAGAUAGAUGUUCCUCACUGGAAAUAUUAUGAUAGGCCCAGGCAGUCUGAUGUGGUAUAACAACAAAAAAAUAAUAAAAAUAUGAAAACAUUA